UCGGAUAUUCAGAUUUACAUCCGGUUGCUGUCUAGAUUUUUUCAGGAUUUAUCUAAAUUGAUAAUCGCCUAAUUUUUAAAAUUCGGAUACGGGUUAUCCGGCCAACGGUAACAGUAGAAGAACUCGUACUGGAACAGCGAGGAGCAGAGUGGAAGAACUAUGUCGGCCCAGAACCCUACGAAAUGGCGGUUCACAUGGGAAGCUCAAUCUCACGUCCCAAUCCUUCGGUUAUUCAUCUUCGAUUCGUACACUAAUCCUUCAACUCAGUGCCAUAAUCUCAAGGUCCAUCUAAAUCUCUCUAAAUCUCUGGUACUCGUUAGCUUCUUCGAAGACCUUGAAGUCUCGCAGGUUCCGACUCCUAGGGUUUUGAUCGACUCCGAAUCUCCGGUGAGUUUCCGAGCCUUAGAUGAUCACAUUGAGGUCAAGCUUGUCCUACUUCUUCCAGUGGAUCAUCCAAUCGUUACGAGCUUCGACUCCGUGUUCAAUUUGUCCCAAGGCAACGAAAUUCUCGUUCUUGGUUCAGAUCUGAAGAUUCUGUGUUCUGGUGGAGGAGUUCAUUUUUACUGUAGAAGUUGCUCGUUUAAGCUGACAAAAAAUCAUUUCAGAAAUUUUGUUGAAAUGCCGUCAGUCGAUUGGAGGAUGGCUGAUAACUGGUUUGGGACUUGCUGUUGUUCCUUUGGAGGUGUAAGUGAGAAGUUGGUGACUAGGUAUGCAAAUGCCUACACAUGUGUUGAGGGUACUUGCCAAUUGAAUUCAACAACCAUUACCAUUUCCAAGAAUGAUCUUGUGGAAUGGAAAUUCCCUGAUUGGGUUGGAUGCCAGCGUAAUUCUUCUGGACCAGAUUUCAAACAUGAUGAUGGAUUCAGUGAAGCUAUUCUAGAUUCUGGAAGUGAGUGUGCAGGAAUCAAACCUGUGAUGAUUCCAGUGAGGAAAUGUGUGCUUCUAAAGGAAAACCAAGGUUCAUGCAUUAUGAGAAUGAAAAUGUUGCUUCAAAAUUCAAAUGUGGAGUUAAUGAGGAAGGAAACUAAUGAUGAUGCUUCCUUUUUAUUGUUUGCCAGAACCACGAAGGUUGCACACCUCAUGUGUUUGAGACUAAGGAGAUCAGUGAAAAUCAGAAAGUUUGCUCAAUGGCUUUUCUUGGGAAUAUAUUCAUUGGUUAGAUCCUUCAAUCAGUCGGCUGAUAUUGAGUGGAUUGAAUAUGUUUGUCCUCAUUGUUCAUCUCUUCUUGGAGCUUACCCUUGUGGAAAUGGCUUUGGGCCUAUAGAUCUUGGAGUUCGGUUAUUUAAAUGUUACAUUUCCACUUGUUUGCCAGUUGGGGGAUCGGGAGAUUCAAUUCAGGUAUCCAUGAAGUAUACCUUGGAAAGAAUGUUUACAAAUCAACUACUGGAAAGUGCAAAGGAUGAAUCAUCAUAUCGGACUGUGGUCAGGGAUGUGAAAACAAAAUCCCCCUUGCUGCAAAUCGUUCUUCUGAAUCCAAAUUCUUGGUGCUUUACUGGUUACUGUUUGGGUGCAGACGAGAACACCGGAUCAGUUUUGAAUAUAAAUCUGCAGCCUGUUAUCAAAGUGCUAUUUUCUGACUGCAACAACAGUUCAGAAUCCAAAUUGAGGAUGAUAGAAGACUGGGAAACAAAGAAUUUAGCUGAUGAAGUUUUCAUGUUGACACGUCAAAUAAAAGAAUUGAUUAAAGCCCUGGUUUCGAGAAAGGAUAUACUUCCACCCUCAUUUUCUUGCCUUCAAGGUUUAUCUUUGUCAUCUAUGCAGAGGUAAAGUAUCCAUUUCUGUUCUAACCGUAUAUGAAGAUAGAAGACUGGGAAACAGAAUUUAGCUGAUGAAGUUUUCAUGUUGACACGUCAAAUGAAAGAACUGAUCAAAUCCCUGGUUGCGAGAAA